UUUUCUUUCAUAGAGAAUGGUUUCCAAGCCUACCGCAUUCUAUUUUGUUCCAUUACAACAACCCUAGCUUCAUUCUUUAGAUUUUCCUUCUCAUUUCUUAUACCCUCCACAGUACAUUUAUGGCUAACGAGGCGGAGAAGUCAAGCGACCAUACCCCUUCCAUUGAAAACCCUACCAAGACCGCCGACCCCCUACCCCCACUCCAAGAUCCCAAACCCGAUGAUUUCACCGGAAAGGACCUCGACGAUGGCGCCAAGCCUGCUCUCGUUGACUCCUCCGCCGCCGGGACCGCUACUGUGCCUCCCGUCUCAGACAUCGAGAAGAAGAUCCGUAGAGCAGAGCGUUUUGGGAUAUCUGUGCAGCUCUCCGAGGUUGAGAAGCGCAACUCCCGAGCUGAAAGGUUUGGCACUGUUACAGGCUCUGCAUCCCCAACCCCAUCUGCAGCUGGUUCAGAAGUAUCUAAGAAAUCGGAGGAGCUUAAAAGAAAAGCUAGAGCAGAGAGGUUUGGCAUUCCUAGUCCGACAGUAACUUCUGAUGAGGAAGGCAAGAAGAAGGUAACCUUUGACGAGGAGGCUAAGAAAAAAGCUCGCCUUGCUAGGUUUGCACCUGCCUCCAAAACUGAUCUCAUAGAAGAUGACAAAAGAAAAGCAAGGGCUCUCAGGUUUUCGAGCACCCCAUCAAAUUCUGUUCCUCAAGUGAAUGGAAAGUCCAACAUUGAGCAGAAUGCAGCUAUUGCUGGUGAGGCUGGGGGAGAUUGAACAGAAGUACCUUCCUUAGAUAGUCUAGGUCCUAACAGUCUGGAUUUCCUCAGUUUUUUUUUCUAUUUGUCUUGUCUGCUUCCCGUUAUGUGGGUUCUCAUGUGCAGCCUCUCCAUUGUUGGAUACCUUCACCAAAGUAAAUUUAACAGGAUCUUGGCAGCAGUAGGAGCUUUCUCUCAGUUGAAUAUGCCUGUCACUAUUACCCAGUGAGGUCUUGAAUUUAGCAACACCUACAUAGAGUUGGCUUAUCUUGCAAUCUACUAAGAAUAUCAGAAAUUCUGAAAUUAACACUAGGAAAAGUCGUGUCAAUUUUAGCUACUAUUUUGUUUAGUUUACUCUCUUUUUUUUUUUUUUUUGGUUCACCUCACUCAUAACCCACUUGCAUAUCAUUUUGGGCAACAUCUCAGUACUUCAUUUGGUUCAUAUUCGUGAUGCUGUGUGAUGAAUGAUCGGGGUAAGUUAGUUUUUGUUGCAAUUGAUCAAAGAAUAGAUAUGUCUCGAACUUCACUGAAUUGCUUCAUUAAGAAUUUUUAUGUUGCUGGUGUAGUUAACCUUGAUCAAUUUGGCGGGGAAAAAAAUAAGCGGAAAGUUUUUAACUUUAUUUAGAAGCAACCUUCUUGCUGACUCAGCUUUAGCACUUGCUAUAGAUGUUUUGCAUCCUUGCAUUGGUCAUUUUUUCUCCUCUGAUUUUCUAACUAUUUAAUGGUAAGAAUGAAUCAAUUCAUCGUCUUAUAAACACACUUACUCAGGAAAGCAGGAAAAAAAAGUCUCCUUGUUUCUGGUAAGACCAAAGAUGAUACAAGGCUGUGUCAUUAUGUGACUGGUAUAUGUUUGAAGGCUGUGCUAACAAUAACCGACUGUAUUAUUAUUUUGACUAUUAUAUUAUCCAUGUGCACUUCAUUUGAUUGCAUUUGCAUUAGAUGCCAUUUGGAGUUGUAUUAGAAAAAAAAAUGCUUUGCCAUCAUACAAACAUGUCAAAAUGGGGUUCGCUGGCAAAUGUGUUUGUCAGGUGAAAUAACCCGUUUGAGCUUAUUAUUGGCAUUUCUUUUGUCAGAAGAAGAUGAAUCUUUCUAUGCUUUUCGUAGUUGUUAGUUAUGGAAUUUGUGAUGUCUUGGUUGGUUAUUUGGGAUAAGUGAACUCUUUGGAGGUGUUGGUUACUUUUCUUUGGCUUACUGGGUGAAUACGUAAAUCUUGAAGACGGGAGAGUUGAAUUUAAAUUUAUGGUAUUUAUCAGCUGAGUUGAUUUUGUAGUCUUUUUGUUUUUGUAUUUUGUGUAUGGAGAUUUCUUCAUUGCAGAAAUUCACAAAUAUAUACCGUUCUAUACCAGAGUUCAGUGUUUUCUUGUUUAUCAUGUAAUGGGAGGAAAGACCAGAUUACUUUAAAUUUGAGGGAAUCAAACUUUAUUUUACUGUUA